AUGAAGGGUAUCGCAGUUCUCGCCGGCCUGCUGGCUACUGGCGCCUCUGCACACAUGCAAAUGCUGAAGCCCUAUCCCAUCCGCAGUCCUCUCAACAAGGACAGCGACGAGAAGAAAGACUACUCCUACACCAACCCACUUCAAACAUCCGGCGGUGACUACCCCUGCAAGGGCUAUGCAAACGACCCCUUCCAGUCCCAGGCGAGCUACUCGCCCGGCCAGACCUACGAGAUGGAGCUUGACGGGAGUGCGACUCACAGCGGCGGCUCUUGCCAGCUUGCCCUGACUUAUGACCGCGGCAAGACAUUCAAGGUUAUUGAGUCUAUGCUUGGUGAUUGUCCCAUUGCCAAGAAGUAUAACUUCGAGAUUCCGUCUGAUGCACCCAACGGCGAGGCUUUGUUGGCCUGGACUUGGUUUAACAAGGUCGGUAACCGUGAGAUGUAUAUGAAUUGUGCUAUGGUUACUAUUGGUGGGUCUGGUAGCAGUGGGAACAAGACUCAGUCCAGCAACAGCAAGAGCAAGAAUUCACACGGCCACAAGGUCAUGGAUAAUCAGAUGAAUGAUGACCAGAUGGAUGAUGAGGAUAUGACCGAGGAGUUGAUGAAGCACAUGAGCCACAUCAGCCACCCACCUAUGGAGAAGACCGUGGACCGUCGUGAGAUGACUGGCGAGUCUGAUGUCUCCGUGAUGAUGGGCCAGUCCAAGGCUACUACAUUUGACAGUCUGCCCGAUCUCUUCCUCGCCAACGUUGGCCAGGCUGGUGGCUGUGUGACCAUCGAGGGCGAGUCGGUUAACUUCCCCGAGCCUGGUGACAAGGUGCUGGGUAAGGUCGAUGGCACUGGUAAGGGCUACAAGUGCACGAGCAACGCUCCUUUCCUGGGCAAUGACAGCGGCAGCACCGAUACUAGCUCCUCUACCUCUUCUUCUUCUUCUUCUUCUUCUUCCAGCUCUACUUCAUCUGCGAGCCCUACUUCUACUUCUUCUUCCAAUGCUUCCAAGUCGGACUCCAAGAACAACAACGCAACUACCACCUCGUCUGCCCAGAAGGCCACCGACACCUCCGACAAGAAGCCAGCUACUACCACUCGCGGCACUACCCUCACCAGCAGCACCACCCAGGCCAUGUCUAUGAUUGCGUCGGCCUUUGGUUCUCCCUCUGCUGACCCCCGUGUCGUGGGUGCUCAGAGUACAUCAGUGGCUUCCACCAACAAUGCCUUCGCCAACUACGUUGGCCAGUGGACUUGCACCUCUGGUGAGAUCCUGUGCUCUCCAGAUGGAUACACAUGGGCUAUGUGCUCCAACCAGCACCCCAUCUUCAUGGGCAAUGUUGCACCUGGUAUGACGUGCCGCUUCGGCCAGAUGGUUAGGGCUGGCUAG